CACAGCCCAGAGCUUGACUCCUCCCACACAUGUGACUGAUCACAUGGCCAUGACAUCAUCAAAGGUCCUGGAACUCACUGGGAUCUAGCAUCUACGGUCCCCACCGAUCACCACUCCCUGAUGACAUCUCGACACAAUUAAGCUGCAAUAGUGACUCGCCUCAGACACUGGCUGAGUGGGCAACUCUUUUUUUUUUUGUGCCAAGACAAAGUGUGAUUACUAAGGACCAGGCAUUGUCAGAAAUGCAUCAGCAGGGGACAUGAUAGACAUGGCAAUGACUGAGCAAACUCCAUGUUUCCCAAUGAGCAACCACACAAAAGAACGUGUUACCAUGACAAAGAUGACGCUAGAAAACUUCUACAGUAACCUCAUCACCCAACAUGAAGAACGGGAGCUAAGGCAAAAGAGGCUAGAAAAGGUCAUGGAGCAAGAAGGCCUCCGAGAUGAAGAGAAAAAGAUGCGAAGGUCAGCACAUGCACGAAAAGAAACAGAGUUUCUGCGACUGAAAAGAACACGUUUGGGACUAGAGGAUUUUGAGUCUCUGAAAGUAAUAGGAAGAGGCGCUUUUGGGGAGGUUAGACUGGUUCAGAAAAAAGAUACUGGUCAUGUCUAUGCAAUGAAGAUUUUGAGGAAAUCUGAUAUGCUGGAGAAAGAGCAGGUUGGACACAUUCGUGCAGAACGGGAUAUCUUGGUGGAAGCCGACAGCCUGUGGGUAGUGAAAAUGUUUUACAGCUUCCAAGACAAACUAAAUCUUUAUCUCAUCAUGGAGUUCCUACCUGGAGGUGAUAUGAUGACCUUGUUGAUGAAGAAAGACACCCUUACAGAAGAAGAAACACAGUUUUACAUUGCUGAGACAGUGCUGGCAAUAGACUCAAUCCACCAGUUAGGAUUCAUACACAGGGAUAUCAAGCCAGAUAACCUUUUGCUGGACAGUAAGGGACAUGUAAAGCUGUCUGACUUUGGACUGUGUACAGGGUUAAAGAAAGCCCACAGGACAGAUUUUUACAGAAACCUUAACCACAGUUUACCAAGUGAUGUUAAUUUUCAAAAUAUGAAUUCUAAGAGGAAAGCAGAGACAUGGAAGCGAAAUAGACGUCAGCUGGCAUUUUCUACUGUUGGCACUCCAGAUUAUAUAGCACCAGAAGUAUUCUUACAGACUGGCUAUAACAAACUCUGUGAUUGGUGGUCAUUAGGAGUCAUAAUGUAUGAGAUGUUAAUUGGAUAUCCUCCAUUUUGUUCUGAAACACCCCAGGAGACCUAUAAGAAAGUUAUGAACUGGAAAGAAACAUUAACGUUUCCUCCAGAAGUUCCAAUAUCAGAAAAAGCAAAGGACCUUAUCUUAAGAUUUUGUUGUGAUUGGGAGCAAAGAAUUGGGGCUUCAGGAGUUGAAGAGAUAAAAACAAACCCUUUUUUUGAAGGUGUUGACUGGGAACAUAUAAGGGAAAGACCUGCUGCGAUACCUAUUGAAAUAAAAAGUAUUGAUGACACCUCAAAUUUUGAUGAAUUUCCAGACUCCGACAUUCUUAAACCAAUAAGUGUUGCAAGCAACCAUCCGGAUUCAGACUUUAAGAACAAGGACUGGGUCUUCAUCAACUACACAUAUAAGCGCUUUGAAGGGUUAACUGCUAGAGGAGCCAUGCCUACCUUCAGCAAGCCCAGAAAAUGAAUCUAUCCAGACCUGGGCUAAUACUCAUUCAUGUUCUUACACUUGCAUUUUCUUGAAAUGCUGGCAUAUUUGGUGCUAUUGUUCCUAAUAAUGCACCAUUGGAAAAUUCAAGCUCCCGCAUUUUUGUAGCCUAUAUCUCUUGGAGAAUGCAACAAACUGUGAUUGACCACAAAAGGGAGUCUUCCUGCAGAUCAACAUCCACAAUCUAAUAUUGGACCAUUCUUAUGAAAAACCAGUUUCAUGCAAAUUCUGGUUAUGUACUUGCCCCUUACCAUCCCAGGUCGCAUCUGCAGCAUUAAGGAAUAGUUGAAUUGUCAUAUUUAUGCCCUUUAAUUCCCCAUAUAGAAAUCUGAAAAGAAAGGUGUGUUGCUUGGUACUCAGUAGAAGUUUGACUUGACUUUAUUCUGUAUGUAUGUGACUAUAGCUUUAAGAAUGAUGUGUAGCACCAGCUUUCUUAUGCACUUAAACUGCGUUACCUUGGCUAUCUAUGAUUCUUUAAGUCAACAAACUUGGUAUUUGGGACCCUCUUUUAUGCAAGUGUACUUUUUGGACUUGGCCUAUUUAUUUUUCUUUCAUUUAUAUAAAUUCAAGAAAUAUGUUCUCGGACAUAACCACGUGUGGAAUAUUUGGAUUUUUUUCUUUUGAUAUAUGCUUUCAGAAUGAUGUGUGCUAUAAAAUGGCAUAAAGUGCUUUAUGUUCUCUUUUUCUCUCCAGUAGUAUGCAAAAUCUGGAUGUUGGUGCCUUAUCCAUGAAAGGGCUAUGUGUUUUUUAUGGCUGUAUGAUGGCAUUGUAAUUGUGUUUACCUUCCUAUUUUCUGUCUGUAGAUCUAUGCUACUAUAAUGGCCCACUGUGAAUUCAUCUCUGAAAAAAAUGGUGUUGGGUGUGGUUGUAGAAUUUGGUGGGCCAUUUUUGUCCUACGUUUUUUCAAGCCUCAUGGGUAUGAUGGCCAAAUGUGUGCAAGUGCUUCCCUUCUGAACCAUCAAUAGAAUCACACUUGGACAGAGCUUGAUAAGGUGAAAGUAAAGCCAAAAUCAUUGGAUCAGCUCCACAUCACAAGAGAGCUUAGUAGUCCAUGUGCACUCCUUGUAGUGAUCAGCUGAACUGAAGGGUUAACUUUUUCAUUCAAAGUGAGGAUUAUUCUUCAUAUUCUUAAUAUUUUCUUUAUUUACUUUCUAAACUCUGUUAAUUUAUUGUGAAUACAAGGCUGGUAAAUGAAUUAGACACAUAAUGAAAUGUGUGUUUGACUCUGGCUUGGCUCCUCCUGACGAGGACAGUUAAAAAGGCACUGUCAGAUACACACACACACGCACAUUUGUUUAUAUGUUGAACGGCAAAACAUAAACCUUUCUAAUAUACUUCAUAAGAAAAUGUUAUUUUUAUAGAAAUUAUGGAUUAUAAAAUCAUGGCUUUGGCCAAGCUGAAGCACAGGCAUGGACAAAGUCCGGUAAGUGAGGGUGGGCUAGCACUCCUGUGUUCCCUCUCCUGUCUCAUAGCACUCCUCUUUGCUCUCUCCUGUCUGAUAGCACUCCUCUGUGCUCUCUUCUGUCUGAUAGUACUCCUCUGUGCUCUCUCCUGUAUGAUAGCACUUCUCUGUGCUCUCCCCUGUCUGCUAGUACUCCUCGGUGCUCUCUCCUGUCAGAUAGUACUCCUCUGUGCUCUCUCCUGUCUGCUAGUACUCCUCUGUGCUCUCUACUGUCUGAUAGCACUCCUCUGUGCUCUCUCCUGUCUGAUAGUACUCCUCUGUGCUCUCUCCUGUAUUAUAGCACUUCUCUGUGCUCUCCCUUGUCUGCUAGUACUCCUCUGUGCUCUCUCCUGUCUGAUAGGACUCCUCUGUGCUCUCUCCUGUCCGAUAGGACUCCUCUGUGCUCUCUCCUGUCCGAUAGGACUCCUCUGUGCUCUCUCCUGUCCGAUAGGACUCCUCUGUGCUCUCUCCUGUCCGAUAGGACUCCUCUGUGCUCUCUCCUGUCCGAUAGGACUCCUCUGUGCUCUCUCCUGUCCGAUAGGACUCCUCUGUGCUCUCUCCUGUCCUAUCAGACAGCAUAAUGGAGUUCUAGCCCACCCUCACUUAUUGGAUUUUGUCCAUGCCUGUGCUUCAGCUUGGACAAAGCCAUGAUUUUUUAAGCCAUGAUUUCUAUACAAUUUUCUUAUGAAGUAUAUUAGAAAGGUUAAUGUUUUGCCAAGAUGUACAACAUAUAAAAAGUUUUUGUAUCUGACAGUGCCCAUUUACCAUUAAACCAUGAAUAUAAUGGGAUGGAUUUUUUUUCCCUGUCCAAUCCAUUUUUUACAUCAGAACUAGUGAUGACUGGAAGCAGCUUUUCACCCCAAACUCAGUUAGAAUAACACACAUUCAGACAAGCCAAAGGGGCAUGUUAAUCGGGAGGGGAUAUAUAGGACUGUGCUCUUAGGCUAGACUCACAAAAUCAGGUUUUUGGGGGGAAUUUUUGAAUGCAAAGACAGGAGCAGAUCAUACAUGGAGGACUCGUAUAGCAAAGACUAAGGUUUUUCAAAUCUAUUCCUGGUUUUCUAUAGAAUUGCUGUAAAAAAUCAGCAUGUGUGAACAUACCGUUAUGCCUAUAGUCCAGUUAUAAGGUAAAUGUGCUAAUGGUUCUGAUGCCUGUAAACUGAAACCUGUAUCGGUGACCCUGUGUAGAGACUGAUUAACUACCCAGCUUUAUUACCUCUUUUAUAAUACCUUGUUGGAUAAUUCUUUUGUGUUUUCUCUAGUGUCUAUACAAUCAUGACCCAAAUGUAAAAUAUUUUUUCUGCUGCAUGUAUCUUCUAUACACAGAGAAUACUCCAGGUUUGCAUUUGACUGUGCCUCCCACUAGAGUUUGAAAAAGAAUGGUGGAGUCCAUAUUCAUCUACUUUUUGGGAAAUGACAGAUGUUCAUCCUUUAUUAUAAAACUGUAAUUUAUUCACAGGUUGUACAGUAUUACCCUCUUCUUUAUGGCUUGUUGAUGUCCCAUAAUAUCCUGUAUUGUUUACUGCACAUAUUUCAAUAAACUGUUUAUUAAAGCAAUAGAUAAUGGUGGAAGACUCAGCUAGUCCUGAAGCCUUAAAAGGGUAUUCCAUGAAAAAACAUUGUUUCAUAUCAACUGGCUCCAGAAAGUUAAACAGAUUUGUAAAUGACUUCUAUAA